GAUCGUAUCAUCAAAAUGCCCUUCGCCGUCCUCCCCGCCCUCAUCCCCGACAUCAAGCCCCUCUACGACACUUACUUUUCCGCCUUCACCGCCGACCCCGACGGGCGCAAAAUUCUCGAAAUCCUAUUUCCCGACGGCUACACCUCCGACGAGUUCCGCAAGGCGCACACCGAAGGGACCCUAGCAUGGCUGCACAAAGCCGAGUCGCAGUACACCUGGAAGUGCGUCGACGUAGCCACCGGCGAAAUCGUCGGCAUGGCGCUCUGUGACGUGUUUAUCCAGCCCAAGGCAACAAAAGAGGAGCGGGCCUAUCCUGGGAUCCCCUGGCUGGCGGGCGAGCAGCGGGAGAGGGCGGAUCAGAUCCUGGGACCGCUUUGUGAGGCGAGGGAGAAGGUCAUGGGUGGUGGGGCGUAUAUCUGUAAGUUCUUGGGGUCUGGAAACGACGAGUGUUGGAAAGAUGUCCAUGCCAUCGCGGUAGAUCCCAAGCAUCAGGGUCGUGGUGCGGGAGCCAUGAUUGUCAAGCAGCUUGUCAACUUGAGCAAUGAUAGCAAUCUGCCCAUUUACUUGGAGUCGUCGGCGUCUGCCGAGGGGUUGUACAAGAAGAUGGGCUUUGUAAGGGUGCCGAAGGAGAAGGCGAGCGUGGUUCAUAGCAAGGAGGUAUUGGGAACGGAAACGGAUGUCGAGGUGCCGCUCAUGAUCAAGACCCCGGCGAGGACCGGCCUGUAAGGACGGACAAGGAAAAGGUUUAGUGAAGGAUGGAAAAGGUUUAGUGAAGGAUGGAAAGGAAUGUAUCAGAACUGUUGAUGUGAUGUCAAGAGCGUGUACGAUUGAAAGGAUACAAUAAAUACCCCAUUACAGCUGUGCGAGCUGUGACUUUU